UGCUAAUGAGACUCCCAUGGGUAAGCCCUCACGUCAUGCCACUGAUGGCAGAGAUCCGCUCCGCACUUCAGGGUACCAGGUGCCCCGGAGGAAGAAUAAUGUACCGGGGUGCAGGCGAAAUACCUUCCACAAGAGAUCAACGAUCUAUAAAGAUCCCUCACAUCCCAUCUGGCAAUCAAUCGUCACUCCAGCAUCAUCCUCAGUCCAAUCAACCUCCUCUCCCUCUCACCUUCCCGAGAAACUGAUUGGUCUUUUCUACUAUCUUUAUUUCUACCUUCUCCACCCCGCAUGACAAGGUUUCUCAUACUGUCCUAGGGUGCGCCUUCUACUCCAUCAUCAUGACGGCC